AUGGACACCCUUCUCGACAAGAAGUUUACCUGGACGUCACAUCUUCUUCGCCGCGCCAUAUUCCUUACCCUGUUACCUAUUCUUGGUAUGGCAUACACGGUGUCGUCAGCUGGAGGUCACAUACCGGUACCUGUUCCUGUCCUUUUCGCUACUCUGAUAGGCACCAUAUCCGCCCUUGCAGUAGCCGAAUGUAAUGGACUAAUCAUGGAGAACUUCGACUGCUCCGACCUACUCCCGGGUAUGAUUGGCCGUCCCAGAGGCUAUUCGAACAAGCAACCUAAGCGCACAAACUAUUCGUCCCAUCCGCGGAUAGCUGCUGGGUUUGCUGUCUGCCAUACCUUUGGCUUUCUCCUUGCGGCACUGGCGACCGCUGUAGCCGGAACAGCACAGCGAAACCUCGGCCAGCGGGAGGCAACCGGUAUUGUAGCUGGCGUGCUGUUUUUGUUGACUGUCCUCUUGCUUGCAGUCCUUGUUCGUUUCAAGGAAAUUGAAAUCAUCCCGGUCUCGAAGACCGUCGAGAUGGAGAAGUGGCAGAAGAUUCGUCGUGAAAGCAUUCGUAAAUCUAUCAUUGAGAUCAAGGCUGGAAGACCCCUUCCAGUGACGAUGACUGAUGAGGAGAUCUGGCGCCCUCACCUUCCCGGAAACCCAUCAAGCCAAUUCCGAAGAGUCAACAUACUGGAGUUGGGCGCAAUGACAAGAUGGACCGAGAUCCGGAAGAAGAACAAGCUGAUUGACGAAUCGGCCGCACAUUUGAAUCGCGCAGCGCUCGAGUCUGCGCGCAUGGCUGUCGAAGAUGCCACUGGAAUUGGUGCAAGAACUACAAACCUUAUUCGAAAGGUCAGCAGUCGCAAGGGAAGGAGAAAGCAGGGCCAACCCCAACGCACGAUGUACAAUCACCGAGGUGUGCCAGUUCAGACGGAAGAAGCAGGCCCAAGCCGCGGUGACACAACGUCGCCCGACAAGUUUGGUCUUUAUCGGUUUGAUGCUGAGCCAACGAGGGUAGGCAAGCAAACACCUACUUUGACAGUGCCUCGUGAAUCGGAUGGUUUCUCCUUCCAAGCACAUUCUGACCGAGAGGCUGGGAGUGUGCUUGAGCGUCCCGUCCCUGAAAAUGAUGAGGAAAUGGAUGAUUUUAUCACUUCCUCGGAAGAUGAUGGGAACGACAGAAUUGAGUUGGACGAACUGGGACCCUUGGAGGGCCCCCCAAGCGGGCAUGCAAGGAAGGAGGUUUGA